AUGGACGAAGCUCAGCUGUCGCCCCUGCCUUUUAUAACGCCCUGUGGAAUGCCCUCACAAUUGCCCCUUGUGAGGUCACGGCCACAAAUGGCCCUGUGCGCCCUGCCUGGCCCAUGGUGCUCCUCUCCCUAUGGGUUCUGGCCCCCAGGACCUGGCACUGGUCAUGAUGCAAAGAUCAAAGUCCACAAGCUCAAGGAUAGCUCCUUUGGCCUUCAGCCCAUAGCACCUCCACCCUCCUUUGUCUGCCGCCUCAGGGAGAACCUGCUGACGUUUUCACACCAGCCUACUUGGGAUGACUGCCAACAACUCUUAGGCACUCUCUUCAUGACAGAGGAACAAAAGAGAAUCCUCCUGGAAGCUAGAAAAAGUAUCCUCGGACCAGAUGGGCGACUGACACAACUUCCCAACAUAAUCGAAGCCGAUUUCCCCUUGAACCAACCCAUCUGGGACCCCAACACCUUUGAAGGUAGGGAGCAUCUGUCCAUUUAUCGCCGGGCUCUAAUAGCGGGUCUCCGAGCAGCUGCUAGAUGGCCAACUAAUUUGGCCAAUGUAAGAGAGAUUAUUCAAGGGCCUAAUGAAUCUCCCUCUAUGUUUCUGGAGAAAAUUAUGGAGGCGUAUAGGAGUUAUACUCCUUUGGAUCCUCAGGAAGAGGAUCAAAAGGCAUCUGUCACAAUGGCCUUUACUGGGCAAGCUGCCCUGGAUAAAAAAAAAUUACAGUGCUUAGAUGGAUUACAAGACAUGACUUUGAGAGAUUUAGUCAUAGAAGCCGAGAAGGUAUACUAUAAGAGAGAAACUGAGGAAGAGAAGGAACAAAGGAGGGAGAAAGAAAGGGAGCAAAGGGAGGAUGAAAGAAGCAAAAGACAGACUGAGGCAUUGACUAAGGUCCUGGUCACAACAAGAAAUAGGCCAGAACUUAAGAGACAGGGAGACAGAAAGGGAUACCUGGGCCCACGCCAGAAGCCACCUCUGGCCUCAGAUCAAUGUGCCUACUGUAGAGAAAAAGGACACUGGGCCAAAGAGUGCCCUAGAAAGAAACAGCCACGCCAGCCAGCCAUUCUAACUCUGGAGGAUGACUAGGAAAGUCGGGGCUUGGAUCCCCUCCCUGAGCUCAAGGUAACUUUUGAAGUGGAGGGGACCCCAGUAAACUUUGAAGUGGAUACAGGGGCAGUAUACUCAGCCCUUAAGGCCCCAUUGGGCCCUCUAUCAACUAAAAGGUCUCUAAUUCAAGGGGCUAACGGCAGUAAAUAUCAGGCUUGGACAACUAAGAGGACCAUGGACCUGGGGAAAGGAAAAGUCCAUCACUCCUUCCUAGUGAUCCCAGAAUUCCCAGCCCCAUUGAUGGGCAGAGAUCUGCUCACCAAACUCUGGGCCAGGAUAACUUUUAACCCUGAAGGCCCCCAAAUGGAAUUUUUAAAUCCUUCAGUAAAAACUCCUAUAGUCAUGGCUUUAACUAUGCCAAUAGAAGGUGAACAUCAACUCUUCACAUCCCCCAAGACUGAUCAAACAGACAAGCUAUCCCAGAAAUGGAUAACAGAUUACCCAGAUGCCUGGAAAAACUGCUAAAUUAGGCCUAGCCAUAAAACAACCUCCAAUAACAGUGAAGUUAAAACCUCAGCCUCCCCAAUUAAUAUUAAACAAUAUCCUCUGAGCAAAGAAGCUAAAGAUGGGAUAAGGCCCCAUAUUCAGAAAUAUCUGGCCUUAGGGGUCCUAAAGCCCUGUCAAUUGGCCUGGAACACUCCCCUGCUACCAGUAAAAAAGCCAGGAACCAGGGACUAUCGCCCCAUUCAAGACUUAAGAGAGAUUAACAACAGAGUGCAGGACAUUCACCCCACAGUACCUAAUCCGUACAAUCUGCUUAGCACCCUGAACCCUGAGUGAAAAUGGUAUACUGUCCUGGACUUAAAAGAUGCUUUCUUUUGCUUGCCUCUGCAUAAAGAUAGUCAGUUGCUGUUUGCUUUCGAAUGGGUAAACCCAGAAACCGAAACGUCUGAUCAACUAACUUGGACCAGACUCCCACAGGGGUUCAAAAACUCCCCCACUCUGUUUGAUGAAGCCCUCCACAGAGAUCUCAACAACUUUAGAACUACGCACCCCAAAGUCACCCUGCUUCAAUGUGUGGAUGACCUGCUACUGGCAGCCGAUACCAAGGAAAACUGUGAGUCUGGGACCCAAGCACUAUUAUCUGAGCUUGCUCAACUCGGGUAUAGAGCUUCUGCCAAAACGGCCCAAAUUUGCCAGCAAAAAGUAGUCUUCCUGGACUAUUCCCUUAGGGGCAGUAAACGAUGGCUCACUGAGCCCAGAAAACAAACCAUUGUGCAGAUACCACCCCCAUCUAACAAGAGGGCAAAUGAAGAGGCUAAAUUGGCAGCCCUAAACGGAGUAACCAUGUUAACACUUUCCACACCAGGGGAACAUAAGGACACUGACACUGAACUCCUCUACUGAGCCCAGUCUGCAAUUUCAGAAAGCCCUACACUACAUUAAAAAUGUACAUCAAGUCACUCACCUUGGCUCAAAGAAAUUGCAGGCAUUCCCGAAGGAUCAAGAACAGAGUUUUCCACUAACCGGCUCACAGCGAAAGGAAAUAGCUGAACGGAUACAUUUUCAGGAUGGAUUGAAGCCUUCCCCACA